AUGGACGGACUGCGCGGCGACAGCAGCGGCGGCGGCGGCGGCGGCAGCGGCGGCGGCGGAGCCCCCGGGCAGUGCCGUAAUUUUCUCUCCUCGCCCGUUUUCGGGGCUGCGCACACGGGCCGAGCGGCCGCCGCCGCCGCUGCCGCCGCCGCCGCCUCGGGUUUUGCCUACGCCGGCGGAGGGGAGCGCCCGGGGGCGGCGGCGAGGCCCGACCCCCCGACCAAGGACUGCCCGGGCUCCACCACGCCGGCCGCCGCCCCCGCGCUGGGCUAUGGGUAUCACUUUGGCAAUGGAUACUAUAGCUGCAGGAUGUCCCACGGGGUCGGGAUACAGCAAAACGCCCUGAAGUCUCCCCCCCACGCCUCCAUUGGCGGCUUUCCCGUGGAAAAGUACAUGGACGUCUCCAGCUUGACCAGCACGAGUGUCCCCGCCAAUGAAGUCUCCUCCAGGGCAAAGGAAGUGUCCUUCUACCAGGGCUAUACAACCCCCUACCAGCACGUUCCUGGGUACAUAGACAUGGUCUCAACGUUUGGCUCUGGGGAACCGAGACACGAAACAUACAUAUCAAUGGAGGGCUAUCAGUCUUGGACUCUGGCUAAUGGCUGGAAUAGUCAGGUUUACUGUGCCAAAGAUCAGACACAGAGCUCGCACUUCUGGAAAUCGUCCUUUCCAGGGGACGUUGCACUAAACCAGCCCGAUAUGUGUGUCUACCGGCGCGGGAGGAAGAAGCGAGUGCCGUACACAAAGCUGCAGCUUAAAGAACUCGAGAAUGAAUAUGCCAUUAACAAGUUCAUUAACAAGGACAAGAGGCGAAGGAUAUCCGCAGCCACAAACCUGUCUGAGAGACAAGUUACCAUUUGGUUUCAGAACAGGAGGGUGAAGGAUAAGAAAAUAGUCUCCAAACUGAAAGACAACGUAUCCUGA